AUUUUUUGAAACACCUUUUGAAACGCCUCUUUGGUCGCCAUGCCCAAAAAGAGACGACGUGCUUCAAAGGCGUCAGCUGAUGGCUUGCCCCAGGAGGGACAGAGUCCUGCUUUCAGGAGAAAAGGUUGGAAGUCCGUAGAGCUGGACUUAGACAUGAUGAAGGAGUUCGAAGCACAGGGAGGACUUUUCCUUGAAGAAGCGGACCCUGAUGAGAUUGGAGUGGAGUACCUCGCAGAGCCAAAGUUGCCUGCCGCAAAGAAGAGGAAGAAGACCAAGAAGAAUGUCGAAAGUGAGGACUUGUCGAAAGAGAACGAGCGCUUGCGGAAGGAGCUAGAUGAGCUUCGCAACAAAACGGAAGUGCAGGAGGAGGAGCUGGCAUCUACAGAGCUCUCUGCGUGGGCCCAGUUCGAGUUGCAUCCCAAGUUGAUGGUAGGAUCUCAAGACUUCCGCUUUGCUGGUCAAGCACUGGUCUCAACAUGUCAGGCUACAUGUCUCGGAUGAUACGAGAAUGACUUGUCAAGUACCUAAGAACAUAGAAUGAGCUACUUCACAGAUUAGAUUCAUAGGUUGUGUUGUUUGGCCUUUGGUAAUCACCUUUCGGAGUUUUUGGUAAAGGUCCGCGCCCUAUAUCCACUAGAUGGCUGGGCGAAUGGGUCAGGACUUGCUCGUCAGAAGUUUACAAGUCCGACACCAGUGCAGGUGCAAUGCUCCGUUUCAGGCAGUUUUCCUCUGGAGGGUUGAAUGAGAUUCUCCAACCAGGAGGCCAAGAGUCUCCAAGUUUUACCUGACAUGUUCGAUCUUUCCACGAUUCUUGAAAAGUGUAUUCCUGGGGA